AUGCCAUACUAUCCAACUACUACUACCAGCAUUUACUCUACGUCACCUUCAUCAGAAGAAGAAGAAUACUACAUACCUUCUCGAGACCAACACCACUACUAUCACUGGGACACCAAUCAGCCACACUCCCUCAUCCCCCAGCUCAACACCGCAACGACUUUUUCCACGAAAUCUCCAACAUCCCUGCCGAUGACAGACUCCUCGCACCACCAAUCCAUCGACGCGCGAGCCCUGCACUCCCGCCUCGCUGUCAUCGCAAACACCAACACCGAAACCAACGACCAUGGAUCCACCCAACGACGUCUCCGACCCUCCCUUGAUAGCACCAACACACGCCCCUUCACCAAAUCCUCCACAAUCUCCACCUUCGACUCGCACACGUCGAGCACUUCCUCGCGCCUCCACGCCUUGCCCAGCAGCAGACUGCACCCGGAGAGCGUUGGCAUCGCCCCUGGUGACUUCAGCAAACCACGCGUCCCCAAGCGAAGUCGCAGACACACUAUGGAGAGUAGCAGCAGCAGCACGAGCGGUAGCCAUGCAAGGAAGGAACGAGAGGAGCCGGCGCAGUUCAAGUACUAUGGGCGCCAUGGGAAUCAGUGGCUUUUCAAUGAUUUUAGUGUUACGGGGGCGGUGGCCAAGGGGUUUAGGAGGGUGUUUGGAAAUAAGGAGGGGAGGGAUUGGUAUGAGGAUAGGGAGAGGUGA